GCCGCUAUCCAACCAAGAGAACUCAGCCAACGCAGCAAGCAGUUGCCUCUCAGGACUCUUUCGCCAGGCCGCUCACGAUGUUUAUGCUACUGCUGGUGCCAACGGCAGACAAAACCAAGAAAACGACGACAGGCAGACGGGCGGAGGGCAAAGCCAGGACAAGCAGGCGCUGACACGAGUAGUGGCAGCACGUCGCACCGCUCCGCAUUAUGCCUGGUCUAUGCUAUUCUCUCUCGGUUGGUGUAUGAGGGGGUUCUGCUAUGGAGAAGUAGAAGACGACGUCGCUGGUCGGUGGAUACCGGUAAUGAAUAGUGGUCUUGUUGCGGUCGUCGCACCGUUCCUGAAACGACAAAAUGGAUGAUAUAGCGCGCUUAUUCUCACACGACGUUGAAUAGGGACGACUGCAGACUGACGGGUGUGUCUAGUAUAAGCUGAGCGAUACCGGCCGAUAAUAUGGUAGUAACAGCGGGUACAGGAAAGAGCUUGCUGGUUUCAACAGGACGAAUAGGUAAAAUGCGACAGUCGCUUUUGAAAAAGUCUGCAAGGAGACGUAAACAAAAAUAUUUCCUUCAAUUUCCUUUUCCCUAGUCUCUUUCUCCCUCAUUCAGUUGAUCGAUCUUUCCCAGUACUUCCCUUUCUAGUUGAUUACUGAUUCAUUAGCAAACGGAUACAGUUUCUUCGAUUCUGCUUGUUUUGAAGCAGCAGCAUCGUACAGACUUCGUAAAGACUUCGUAAUGCGUUAUGGAAUGAUGAGGGGUCGCCAUUUACUUGCUGGCGCUACAAAGAGACACUACUUCGUGCGUUUUGUAAACAGAGUGCCGCGAGGAGAGUUUCGCUUCCGACGUGAAUUUCUGGCUGCUUGUUAUUGUCUGCCAAUUUGGCUUCGGUCCAGUGUGUAUGAGUGACCCUUUUCUUUUGAGUUUUCUUUGGAGUGUAGCAUUGUGGAUAUAAUAGCGAAGCGGUCCAGAGAGAAAAGUCACAAAGAUGUGGCGACACGCUGAUCUUCCACGCCAGCUUCAGCAGCAAAAUCCAGAACCGAUGCAGGUGGACGGCAUGCAAGUUGGCAUUGACGAAUGCUGUCGCGCCGGUGAACCCGCUGCCGAGGAGCCCAUAGUGACUGUCCAUAGGCCCACCCUGGAGUUGGAAUCGUACGCUGCUAAUUAUACAGGCUUGGCGAAACUCAACCGCCUUAUGUUUAUAGCCGAUCGUUGUCCAACAUUACGAGUCGAAGCACUCCGGAUGGCACUGGACCAUGUUAUGGGAACUCUCAAUGUAGCUAAAUAUACGGAAAUCCACCGGAAGCUAACGGAGGCGUUAAGCCGUGGCCCACCUAGUGAUGUGCAAAUGGCAAACGCUGGUCCGGGUGGAGUCCCAGACGUUGCCGAGAGUAACGAGAUUCCUCCGCUGGACAACGCAUGGAUUGAUACACGUACCAAGCAAACCGCUCUUAAAACUGAGAAACUCGAUACCGAUCUUAAAAACUAUAAAGCCAAUUCAAUUAAGGAGAGCAUCCGGAGAGGCACGGACGAUCUUGGUGAGCACUAUCUUGAUUGUGGCGAUUUAAAUAACGCCCUGCGCUGUUUUGGUCGCGCACGUGACUAUUGUACUUCGGGCAAGCACAUCGUCGACUAUUGCCUCAACGUUACUCGUGUCUCCGUCUAUCUACAAAACUGGCAACAUGUCGAAUGCUACGUAGCUAAGGCAGAAAAUACGCCUGAGGUCAUCGAAGCCACUUCAUCAACGGGUCAGGGUCCGGUCGCUGCUGGAGGGAAUGCCGCAUCCUCAGCUCGUGACUGUAUUAGCCCUGUGGUCAUCAACAAACUGCGAUGCUGUAAUGGCCUAGCUAAUCUCGCCACCCGAAAGUAUAAGAAGGCAGCUCAUCACUUUUUGCAAGCGAACGCUUACAAUUGCGACUUUCCAGAUAUAAUGGCUGCACGCGAUGUGGCCAUUUACGCUGGUCUUUGUGCCUUAGCCUCGUUUGAUCGUGCCGAGCUUGCGCGAAAUAUAAUUCAGCAACAAAACUUCAAGCAGUUUCUCGAGCUCGAUCCCCAGUUGCGGGAGUUAAUCCAGCAUUUCUACGAGAGCCGUUAUGGACAGUGUCUCGCCUUACUCGACCAAAUUCGCGAUAAUCUUCUGCUAGAUAUUUACCUUGCUCCACAUGUUAUCUCACUGUACGCACAGAUCCGUAAUCGGGCAUGGAUACAAUAUUUCUCACCGUAUUUGACUGCCGACAUGAACAUGAUGGCUGUAGCAUUUAACACAACGGUCCAACAGGUCGAAGAGGAGAUGAUGCAGUUGGUACUUGAUAACCAAAUUCAGGCCCGAAUCGAUUCGCAUAAUAAGGUCAUCUACGCGAAAGAUGUAGACCCGCGCGCAAGUACAUUUGAAAAAUGUUUGCAGAUUGGUGAUGAGUUCGAGAAAAAAACUAAGGCGUUAAUGCUCCGUGCAGCUCUGAUUAAGAACCGCGUUUGCGUUAAGUGUCCACCCCGAGGUUCCGGGUCCGGCCAGGUAACCAAUGGCGAUGGCGAGAGGCCGUCAUAAUUAUUGCCGUCACGAAAACAUACGUCGCCCCGAAGUUGUCCGCAUCUUUCUGCCUACGAUGCUCGUUGCUUUUGCUGAUUGUUGUGGUUUCGAGGCAAAAUUUCCCAGAGUUUCUAGUAGUGAAAAGAUACUGCGUUCGAGCUUCUAUGUCACGCGUACGUGUGUAAUGAUACCGUGUGACUGUAAAGUAAAGCCGAACUGAGAAAUAGUUUUAAAUAGUAUACCGUACAGAGUACACCACAUUUAGCCCUGCUGCUUGGUAGAAGUUCGUGGCGCUAAAAACGAGAAGGUGUAUGGCAAAUAGUGAUGCGACCUGAGUAGGUCGGAGCCUUGAAAAAUUUUUGAGAGGAAGAGAGAGACGGACAAAUAGCCUACCGUGAUCAUAAUCGUUGUUGUAAGCCUCUGUCGAUCUGGAAUCAUACAAAAGAAGCUAUUUAUAGUUAUGGCCUACAUUUAGUAGUAAUAAUAGUAGUAACAACAUUGGGGUAGGGGAAAAAUAAGAGACAUUCUGAAUAGCUUCAUAUAACAUACACACACGCAAACACACAUAAACAUAAGUAUAGCGUCGUCUAACUUUGGUUUGGCCUUGUCGACGGAAAUUUACUAAAUAUGGAUGCAUUUUUUAGGUCAAUACCGUGUUAGCCUAAGGUGUUCCAGUCGUUUAUGGGUAUACAUUGAGGAAACAAGCACAAAGGUAGCAUAUUCAAGCUCUGGGGAAUGUUGCCAAGAUGUUUUACUUUAUCGGCCACUUUGAGUGGGCUUUGCCUCGCGGAGCUAUAAAAGGGAGCAGAAAUGGUCGUUGUUGUACAGCUAAUGUUGAAUACCUUCGUAAGCCUAACUGUAUAAAAACAAAUCUCACAGUAAUGAAAGUGAACAAUAAAUUAAAAGAAUAAAUAUUAUUAGGUACAUAUAC